GCAGCGACUUUUUUUUUGAGGACAUCAUCUUCAAUCAAUACAGUCUUGCAGGAGAAUUGACCCUUAAGAGGAUGAUGCGGUUAAUCUCUCUCCAUCUUUAAGAUUAUCACUAACAAGUCUCAAGGCUGGAUUUGCGGUGUGGGAUCUUUGCUCAUUUGGAGAUAUCUCCAUAUCUGCAUUCACUAAACAUCACUGCCUCCCUGGGAGAGGGACAGAAUCCAGCGUCCCGCCUGCUCGAUACAGGAUAAAAGAAGCAACUGUUAAAGAUUAGAACCAUGAAAGCAAUUCUACUCAUGACGGUCCUGAUCACUUUAGGGUCAUGGAUACAAGCAGCUGCCGCGCAGAGCAAUAGAUGUCGACUCACGAAUGUUUCAUCCAGCCAUCCCAUCACCGUGUCUGAGCUGAAGGUGGUGCAGAGAGGGGAUGCGUUACAGAACUGUGUGAACUGCAGCAGUACUGCUCAAGAGACUGUCCACGUCAUCCAUGUGGAGUACACCAACAUCUUGCCAACGGUUAGGUUGGAUUUGACUCAUGUCAAUGACACUCAGACAAUGAUCUUCGUGCUCAACAGCAAGAUUGCAUUGAUUUGGAACAUCACUCAUGCACAAAGAUUUCCAAUUAUAGUCAAUUUAUCUUCAAACAGCAAGCUGUGUUGUGGGACAAUAGAGAAUGAGGUGACUCUAUUCACAUUUCCCCCCUUUUCGACCAGUAAAGAUCUCUUGGAGACAGCCAGAAAAAAUUUUCCUUCAAUCGCCUCUGUCACAGAGCUUGUGAAGCCGAUGGAUGUCACGUUCAGAACGAGAGAAGAUAUGAAGCUUCCCACGACAUCUGGACAAGAGCCUCUUGUCACUAGCACCUGGUAUUUACACUACAGCUUCAAUGAACCACAGCUGAUCGGUUGCACAGAGUCUGAUGAGCACGCGGACAGACAAAUCCAAACCCACGUCAUCAGUUUCAAGCCCUCGCCUUACUUCAGUGAUUCCGUGAAUAGAACAGUCAACAUCUACAUUGGAUUUAAGGACUGGGGAAACUAUAAGAUACCCAAGUUGUUUCUCAGCAUAGAGAUCAAACAGCCUGUGACUGUACACAUCGACGGGGAAGCUCAUCCACCGAUAAACAUUAAGCUGCCUCAUGAAUCCAGAUUUAUGUUUCUGAACGACAUGUUUAAAACACAUACAUUUAACUACAGUGAGGAAUGGCCCGACAUGAACCUUCUCCCUUUGACGUCCUAUACCGAGAUUCCACUGGCUGACCAGGUUCACCUUCAAAUCCGGAGAGAUGGCAGCACGCAGCAUCCCAUACCCUUUCACGUACAAACAGAGUCGCCGCUCGAUAUUUCCAAGAUCAUUCACUGCGGAGAAACAGGGAUGGAGAUUUACUACCGAACAUCAACCGGCAAAGAUUCUGUGAUUCAGGAAAUCACGUUAUUGGACGAAAACUGCAUAGCAAGAAACAAUGGGACUCACUUCUACCUGAAGCUCUCGUCUUUCACCAACUGUAAAACUGCUGAAAGUCAGGAUGGCCAUCAAUAUGUGAACAAGCUGAAGGUGAAGUUCAGCAACAAAACUGAAAGAUAUUAUGACGUGUCCUGCCCUCGUAUCCGCAAACCGUGCGACAUCCUCCGGCUGAAAAGUUCCUCGGAACCCGAUGGCAUUCAGAUGAGAAUCUUUAAAUCUUUGGACUUUGAAGUCCUAUCCUUAACCCUCUUCAACAACAGCUCUGCCUUCACAGAGAUCACAUUAUUGUCUUUCGGAGCUGGGAUUUUUAAGCAUAUCAGACUGAAGGAAUGUCAUCUCAGCCCGAGAAUUCCCAUCCAUUCAGUAAGCAAGGGCCACAGCUUUGCCAACGUGUCAGUGACUUCUACUGAUCUCGGAGAGCACACCAGCCACUGCAACAAUUCAGUGAUUCUCCACAAACGGUUCCGCUUUAUGUUCCGCCAUUUGUGGGGCCCCAGUGUGGAGGAGAUGGACAUGCAAUGUGUUUUGAAUCUGUGUUUCAAUAUGGAUAACUGCAUGGACCAAAAAAAAACAACUUCCCUAACACUGAAAAUUGACAAGAAUCAUUCCAGCAGAUCUAAUACAAUAGUCACCCAGGGCCUGGAGAUGGCAGCUGUGUUAGGAAUUGCAUUUGGUGCUUUCUGCAUUGGAGCAUUGCUGACCGCAGCGCUGUGGUACAUCUAUUCACACACCGGAGCGUCUGUGGAGAAGGAACCCGUCCCCACUAUCCCACCAGCGUCUGAGGCCAGCAGCACCAACCACAGCAUCGGCAGCACCCAGAGCACUCCCUGCUCCACCAGCAGCAUGGCCUAGCCCUCACUGCCAUUCCCCCAGUGACCGGUCACCACCACCCGCGACACACCGGCAGCCCCGGCCACUGGAACACUCCUCGGCAUUCUGAACAGCAGCAAAACUCCCAGCGUUGACCUAAUGUAACAUCCAUCUGCAGUAAAGGUACCUGACAGCAGCACUGCCUGAUACAGCUGGUGCCAACGGAUAGACAAUGACGGACCCUACGGGUGACCACAAGGUCUUUAUUAAGUCAAUGUUCAGCAGACUCCAGGAACCAGACACAGAGCCUGGGUCUGAUGUUAAUGUAAUGUCUGCUCCACAAGGUGAGGUUAAAGCCUUUGCUCUGGUCUCUGCCUGGUUACAUCCCAUGUACUGUUUGGAUAUUUUAUGUGUGUGUGUGUGCGCGUGCGUGUGUGUAGGGAGCGGGGUGGGAGGUAUUGAGUUUGGGACAUGUUUGAGCAUGGGGUGCUGUCACUGAUGGGUGAUGGCACUCGUACUGGGAAUAAUGGGUUAGUAAAUAACGACCUGAUGUAUAUCCAACAGUUACUGUGCUGUUAACUGUUGGGAUUCUGAACCCAGUAUGUGUGAGAUUCCAUCAUCAGCAGCAACAAGGCUUUAGCCCGACUACGAGACGUGGAAUACUGUAGCUUCUGUGGUUGAAAUGUUUUUAUGAACGAGCUUUGUUGCCAGGAAAUGAUCAGAAAACCGGAGCAGUUACACAGAUUCUUACUUUAUUUGCUUUUUUUUUGUAAAGAAAUCAUGGAUACAGUUUAUGCCUUAAUAUAUUAAUAUACAGAAUUAUUAACCUAUAAAACUAAUAAAGAAUGCAUUCCUAUACAUAUACCCUCCGAUCUCCGUAAAAAGCUGUAGCAAAUCUCUUCCUUCCUCACACAAACAGGAACAUAAGAAAUGCUAGAUGAAAAAAAGACCAAGGUCCAU